AUGGUGAAGCUCGAAGAUAUUGCCGGUCUCGGUCUGCUACAGGCACCACCAAAAACCGACUUCAAGAACACCGACCUGGAGAGAGCCCCUUCCAACUACAAGUCACUCAAUACAUUUGCGCUGCCCAAAGCCCGACAAUACCAACAACAGUUUGCCGAUAUAUACUUCCUACGCCUGACCAAGAUCAAACCUGCUGUGGAACAGAUCGCUCACGAAGCAUGGGAUGAUACAGUGCUGGGAGGUGAAAAUGCAAAGAAGGUCGAGCGGGUUCUCGAUGUGCGCCAGGGAGAGCUGUGCUGGGUGGCAGGGACGGUCUACAUGGACAUGCCCCUGAAGCCAAGUAUUCUCGAGGACGUGUCCAAAGACCGCUGGAUUUCAGCCCCGACCUCUGUCGGCCACUACUACUCGGAAGAUGGCAAGGACCAAGUCAUGCUCGAAGACGACUCCGGUCGCAUCAGACUCGUUGGCGAACCCCUCAAGAACUACUUCCUGGUGACUGGCUGCAUCAUCGCCGUCAUGGGUACAGAGAAUGCCAACGGUGAAUUCGAAGUGAUUGAUCUCAAGUUUGCCGACCUUCCACCACAACCACCACGGUGGGCCCUGUCCGACAAGAAACCCAAAUCUGAAGAUGUCUCCAUGGUUGAUGUUGGUUCUCCCUCCAAAAAGAUCGCCAUCAUAUCAGGCCUUGAGUUCUCGGGAUUUUCUACAGCCUACAGUGCCGAGUUGAAAGUCCUGAGAGAAUUCCUUGCUGCCCAAGCCCUCGACCCAGAGACACAAUCCAACGAACAAUCCAAGAUCUCUCGCCUGAUAAUAGCAGGCAACUCCAUCGCCGAAGCCAGUUCCUCAGACCCUCACUCCAACAACCCCAACACCAAGACACACGCCAAGAAAUACGGCUACGACGCCUCCUCAUACAAUCCCGCCCCGUCGCAACUCCUCGACUCCUUCCUCAACGAGCUUCUCCCUAGCUUACCAAUAACCCUGCUCCCUGGCGCCAACGACCCCGCCAACAUCUCUUAUCCUCAACAACCAAUCCACUCUGCCAUGUUCCCCGAGUCCAGGUAUUAUGGCCCAACACCUACCCAUCCUGACCAGGCAGGGUGGCUAGACGCAACAACCAACCCAUUCGAAUCAGAAAUUGAAGGCUGGCGCGUGCUGGGCACUUCUGGUCAGAACCUGGAUGACAUCUGCAAGUACAUCGAGGACCCAGAUCGCCUCGGCCUGAUGGAGGCCAUGUGCAGGUGGAGGUGUUCUGCCCCUACCGCCCCAGAUACACUCUGGUCAUAUCCAUUCCAGGAUGACGAGCCAUUCGUCAUGAAGGAGUGCCCACACUUGUACUUUGUGGGUUCGCAGCCAAAGUUUGGCAGCAAGGUCAUUGAGGGGCCGGACGGGCAGAUGGUCAGGUUGGUUUUGGUGCCAAAGUUUAGUGAGACGAAAGAGGUGGUCUUGGUUGAUACCGAGACGUUGGACGUAAGUUUGGUCAGACUUUCGGCCGCAUCGUAA